GUGAUUGUGCUGCUUCCCCGUGUUGUACUGUUAACCGUGAAGCAUGACGAGCUAAAACAAGACGAACAAACUCUCCAGUAUCAAAAACGUUACUGUUGUUCCGUAUUCUUAAAUUAACAAGCGUCUGUGUAUGCAAGUCGGCACGUAUUUCCGCAAAUACACGGAAAAUAUCCAGGCUUUAAUUUUGUCCACAAAAUUACACCCUUUUAAGGUAGUUUUACGUCGACAUACGUAUCAAAAGAAGCCAAACCUUUGCAGUUAUGUUAACGUUUCUUUUAUGAGGCAGUUUUUGAAUUAUUUUUCCUACUUUGUCUGUUUACGUUUGUCCACGGUGUUUUUCCUUGUGUGCUGCGCCUCUACUCGGUCCUUUACGGUAGUGGUACUGAUGCGGGAUGAGUCAGGCUAUAUGAUGCUGCUGCUACUGCUGCCAUUUCAUCAGCAGAGAAAGCCCAAAAACACAGAGCAAACACAGACAUGAUACCGCGGGAUUCCCCUCUGACAGCGUUAAUUCUGCCUUUAUAAGCACCCAAGCUGCUCGAAACGGAAACCGAGAGAAGAGGCUCGUGUGUGCUUUGUCCGUGGCUCCAACUGAAACCGUAAGAUCCGCUAUUUCUACAGCGCACCUGCUCUGGAUGCGUUUUUCUCUGCGCUCUCCAUCGGGCCUGACAUUAACAAGGAAACAGCCCUGAACUCCAGGGCCUACACUGUACACAGCAGCCUGUGUUUUCAAGACAAACAUCGAGUCCCGGAGGCGUUGUCACAGUUUCAGUUGUGUUUUUUCUUUUCUGUGCGUCCUGAGGAUCGAUCCAGACAGACUCGUCGGUGCCAUGGAGCCCACAUCAGCCUGGUCCUGAACGGUACAAGGGAACAAGCAACCUUUCUGGCCUAAACUAGAGUCCUGCUCCAAACGACAGUCGGCCACAGCAGCGCGAGCGACAGACGGGCACAGCCGCAGUCAUGGAGGCGAUCUGGCUCUAUCAGUUCCGGCUGAUCGUCAUCGGGGACUCCACGGUGGGGAAGUCGUGUCUGAUCCGGCGGUUCACGGAGGGUCGCUUCGCCCAGGUGUCGGACCCCACCGUCGGCGUGGACUUCUUCUCCCGGCUGGUGGAGAUCGAGCCCGGGAAGAGGAUCAAGCUGCAGAUCUGGGACACGGCGGGUCAGGAGCGCUUCAGGUCCAUCACCAGGGCAUACUACCGCAACUCAGUAGGCGGUCUCCUUCUGUUUGACAUCACCAACCGCCGCUCCUUCCAGAACGUCCAUGACUGGCUGGAAGAAGCCCGCAGUCAUGUCCAGCCACAUAGCAUUGUCUUCCUAUUGGUGGGCCACAAGUGUGACCUGGAGGCACAGCGCCAGGUAACUCGCCAGGAAGCAGAGAAGUUGGCAGGGGCCUACGGGAUGCGCUAUGUGGAGACGUCGGCCCGCGACGCCAUCAACGUUGAGCAUGCCUUCACUGAGCUGACCAGAGACAUCUUUGCCCUGGUGCGGUCUGGUGAUAUAACAAUCCAGGAGGGCUGGGAAGGCGUGAAAAGUGGGUUUGUCCCCAAUGUGGUUCACUCUUCAGAGGAAGUAACCAAGAGUGACCGCCGUUGUCUAUGUUGAUCUGGGAAGAGUUUUGGGACUGAAGGUGAAAAGAGGAGGGAUCCAAGAAGGAUUCAGAGUGAAGUGGCUGACGGACUUGGGCAUCAGCCCUCUGACUGAACUGUCAGUACCCUUCUGUUGUUCCUUCUUCAGACUGGAUAUAUGAGAGGGUGAUUGAUGAAUUCAGUGAACGGCAGAUAGACAUUGGACUAAACAUCUAGACGGAUCACUAAAGGAUUGCACCCAUUUCUGUAUUCCUUUGAUUUCUCAGAGAGGAACGAUCACAGAUGCUCAUCAGCGUGUGUGAGGGAUCCCAUGAUUCAGUUCUUUUAGCUUUGGUUUGGACUCCUUACUAAAACCCCUCCCUGAAAGUCUGAGAAAGGCCUUAGAAAGAGGAUCCAAGUUUUGGUUCUUCACCAAUACUACAGACUUGUUUGAUCUUUCACCCCCCCCAUCUCUUCCUUCACCUCUCUUCUCUCUACUAAACUUUGUCCUCUCCUCUUAUAUGCAAUUACAUACAAAAUGUUCACUUUUACAUUGGUGUCCAACCUUUUCCUAGCACAUAUCAUCAGUACCUUUAGGUUCAGCCUUCCUUCUUAACAAGAGUUGUGUUUCUCAUGAGCUGUCAUUUUGCUCCACAUUGCACCAUCAGAGCUCAAUGGAGAAGUCCUGGAGGUCCUGAUGGGAGGGAACGAUUCCCUUUGCAGAACUGUGAUUUUGUUUCCAGAGAACAUAUUGUUGGGGUGAUUUAGGCCUCCAGUGAGCUCGAUGACAUUGGCCAGAUGGGUAUAUCCACUAUCAUUCUGCUAAAUAUUACACUUUUACAAAAAUCAUCACCCAACCAUUUAAAAAAUGUCUCAGUAAGAAAGAGAAAACGUGUACAGCUUAACAGUAUGAGAUGGACUAAUGCUGGAGUUAGAAAGCACCUUAACAGCCAAGCCCACCCUGUCUCUGGAGCCUAAUUUGGGACAUUUGAAGGAUACGACACAAGCCGGAGAUUAUUUCUUAAGUGAAGAAGGACCAUACCAUGGACUCUUUAAGAGAUCUACACAACCCAAAAUGCACGCCUAUGGACUAUAUAACCAUGCAUAGAAAGUCCAACUGGCAGGCAUUGAAUUGAGCCAAUAGAGAUAGAGGAUCAAGGUUACAAUUAAUUUUGAGGAAGUGGUUUUCAUGCCUUUAUUGAAUGAGUGUGCAAGUGUAAUAUCUCAUCACAAUUUUGUUUGCUCAUGGCCUUCCAUUUAUUGUUUACAACUAUUAAUCUCCAACUAAAGGCAAGGCAAAACAAUCUUGGCAUCAGUAAGUGCGUUUACAUGCAGUUACAAAGGUUGAUUUAUUGUGAUACUACUCAAACUUUUCUCCAAAGUAGCCUGAGCUAUUGCCAGCUGUCUUUGGAAUAAACCAUAUGCUUGAGGAAUCACAUUUUUACCAAAAGUAAAGCAAAGACACAUCCAUCUUCGUCCACAUAUCAGAGGAAAUUGAAAGCUUUGCCUUUUGGCUCAGCUUACUCGUCACCACAGCAAUCUAGUACACGCCUGCAUCACUGUUGGUGCUGCACCAAUCCACCUCAUGGUCAAUUCAGAGCUGUACAGUUGUCCACGUUUUCCUCAUUCCAUUAUUCAACCAGUUUGCUGCAUGCCAACACAUUAGCAAGGUUAAUCAGAAGACCGUCUGAUAUUCACUCACUGAAGAGGGGGUAUAGCCACAUUCUAUUAGAGUUGGGCAUAGUUUGGUAAAACUGAUUAUCCCCUGGUGUUUUUAUACUGAGACAAGGACACUAGUGGCCUAACUGAGCUAGAACCAUUUAAAUGUGCAUGUAAACGUACUGGCUGUUUGGGUUUGGCCUUCACAUGAAAUGGUUUACCUUGCAUUUAUGAGGUACUGAAAUAUUAUCAUAAAGUUAGUCCUCAACUGGGAAAGUUUACAUUAACGCCUCUGCAAGUCAAAACAACACGCAAGGUCAUAGAUGACCUGCAGAGCUAAUUAGCCUGGCAUCAUUUACACAGAAUUUUAGCUGAUUAAUUCUUUGCUUACAUGUUACUUUAUUAUUGUAUAAGGUUGAAACAUGGAGUACUGAGAAAUCAUAUAGAGUGCAGCAGGAAUGAAAUGUUUUUGUUGGCCAAACAGGAAGUUAGCAUCGCAAAGGUUCCAAUGGCAGAAAGCCUUUGGGGUUUUUCCAUGCGUUUUGGGAAUAUUGCUGUAUACGUGCUCUGUGGGAAAAAAAAGUUUGACAUUCAUUAAGAUAAUCUUCGCUACUUAAUCUCUGUUAUUGAUGGAAGUGAAAAGCUAAUAUUAGGCUUCAAGGAAACUGCAUCAUUGUCGACCAACUUCAGAGUAACCAUCUCUAAGCUUCAAACUUUUAUUUCACAGUCUUAACUCUUCUGGAAAAGACCUUCUUAGUUCAACCUGAUUAAGUCAGUGGUCAUGGCCCUCUCAGUUGUAAGUCUGACAUUGUUUUUCUAAUAGAUGAGUGUACACGUUUUGCAUGAAUCCAUUCAAUGUCCCGUGCAAACUUAUAGGACCCCUAGUCCUAGUUAGUCACUUGUUAGCAAUUGCCUUUUGAGACAUAAAACUAGAGCUAUUGCUUAUCUCUUAAGCUUGAGUUUACCACAGAACUUAGUUUGGGCACGUGAACGAAAAUUCAUUAAAAAAUCCCAAAGACUUCGAGACAGUGGAACCAGAAUUGCUAAAAUGCUAACAAUUACUAAGACAGUUUGGCUGCAGACUGAAGAUCUUUGAAGCCCUCCCUUGCAGACUUAUACAGUGAGACGCCACCUCUGUAGGAUGGAUGCAUGCUAAAACUUUCAAAAUAAAAUCAGAUUAAACUUCCAUUUAGGGAUAGAGUUAGAGUUGAGGUAAGGGUCAGAAUGCCAAGAGUUAAAAUCAGUAAAAUAACCUGCAAAACCGGAUUACAAAACUCUUAAUGAAGCUGAGUCAACAGUCUGUUUUUAGGAAAAAGGUGGUCCCUCUUGAAAACACUAAUGCAGCUCUAGUAGCUAAGCCUGAGCUUACGAAGCUAUGUUAGUUACGUAUGCUACGUAACAUAGCUACAUAACUAGCAUAGCUAAAGCAAACAAAGCUACGUUAGAUUAUGCCAUCUUUGUUAAAGGUAGACCUGCUUAAGAAGUAGUCAUGUCAUCACUUUAGCUUUGUUGGCUUAGCUAAAGCUAACAUAGCUACAUUGGCUUACAUAGUAAUGUUUAACUACGUAGUUAUGGAAGCCAUGCUAGCUUUAGCUAAAGCUAGCAUAACUACUUUUAAAACGGGUCCACAUACAAUUUAACCCUCAAUUAGACAUCAGACCUUUUCUCUGUUUCAUUUAUGAAAUGUUGCUUAGUCUGUAAUGUUUGCAGUGUGUUUAUUUCAUAAAUGUAACAGCCAGACUUCACCUAUGAAUAAAGUAGAACUAAAAAAAAAGUAUAAAUAUAGUGCUGGGACAUUACGCCCCUUCCGAUACGGCAUCUCACUGUAGUGAUCUGAAAAAGGGGAUGUCUGAGAUCUACCGUCUGUAGCCAGAUCCCUCUCACAUUUGCGGAUUUCAGGACUCAUUACUGCAGCACUCUGUUGUUUCUACAUUAAGGGCACAAGUUUGUGAAAACACCUGAAACAUAAGAGCUUACCAACUUGGAAACUGGGAACAUCCAAGCAGCAUGUAAAUGCAGAGCUUCUCCUUACAACCCCGGUUUGGUUAUGUCAAUAAAAUCUUUGAACAGGACUGGUUUUCUAAUCACAUUAACCGUUUUACAAUUUUGCCCUAGAUUUUGGGCAAAUACCAGUGUUUCUACAAAUGACAAAAGAAGAAAAAGUCUUGGUAAAGACUGGUAAAAGGGAUGGUAAAAUCAUGAAACUGGUUUAUAUAAAUAACACAAACUAGAUAUUCUUAGAGGAUUAGUGCAGGCUAAAUAAAGCAUUUGUCGGUAACAUCAAGCUACUGUACACUUGAUGGUUAAUAGAUCAGAAUUUCUCAUCAUUUUGACAUAUAUACGAUGACUAGGAGCAGAUUUGAUUGUGUGCAAUUAAAUGCAUCAAUCUUUGUUUUCCACAUAAUUUGGCCUGUAUUUCACACUUUUUGACCCUCAUAUUUAACUGACUAGUAUCAUCACUGCUACAUCUGUCUCUAUUUUUUUAUUUAUCCCAUGCCUUUUUAUUUUGCAGUUUAUCUUCUGUUGAUACAUCAGGAAACUGUAAGUGCUUCAUUUUUUUCACUGUAUGCCUUCUUUUGACAUGUCUCCAAAGAGUUUUAGUUGUGUUGUCUCAUUUUUACAUGAAUGUACGGAGGGAAAAAGGUGAGAUUUUACACCCCGGUUGUCAUAUAACAAUGUGUGAGUGAGAACAAUUCCCUGUCAAAGCCACAAAACCUUUUCCUUACAAAAACUUGACAAAGGUUGGGUAAAUAUUUUGGGACUUGAUUGAAAAUUAUUCAGAUGACGGUCCAUUACCAUAUCUGUACACACUGAAUUAUUCUUAAUGAGUGAUAUGUUGCCAGACAGAGAGACUGAUCUGCAAAUAUCCUUCUACAAAUAAAGAGCGAAAGCCUGACGCCUUUGUGUUGUUGAACUUCCAUAUUGUUUUUUAACUAUCUGCUUUUGGUUCUGUUUGCUUUAUCAUCACAGAGUUUUAAAUUUUAAAUGUUCCCAAGUGGAUGUCAUGGUGUAAAGCUCAGGAAAUGUUGAGGUCUGUGUGGGUGGGGGUGGAUUCAAGUCAACUCCACCUUCUGGGCUGCCAAGACUCUUUCACCAGAUGUCAGCCAGCUGUUUGAUCUGCUCUGCUGUACAAAAUGAUUUUCUCUACUCUGUAAUAUCUUGCUUCUGCUCUGGAAUAUUGUCUUAAUGAAA